AUGCCUUCCGUCGCCCAGACCGACAUCAGCUACCCUCGCACCGACUUUCCCGCCGACCUCGAAUGCCACCCGCUUCUCAUCGUUGAUUUUGCCAAGAUUGCGACUGGCGACGAGCAGGAGAUUGAUACUCUGUACAGCGCCUGCACCAACCUUGGCUUCUUCUACCUGAAGAACUUUGGCUUCGAGGACAAGCUGGAACCGAUGUUUGAGAUGGGCAAGGCGACGUUCUCGCUCGACAAGGAGGAGUUGAUGCCGUUUGAGCAGGGAGACUUGGGCAUGUCGGCGGGGUACAAGUUUGCUGGAAGCACCAACGUUGACGCCAAGGGUAACGUCGAUACUGUUCAAUUCAUCAACGUUGCGAAGGACGACGCUCUCGCCUACCCCGAAGUGCGCCAGCGUACCUACCCUCCAACCGUCAAUGACCGCAUGUCGACGGUCACCAGCUUCAUCCGCCAAUCCGACAACGUCCUUCAGAAGUUGAUGGAGGUCCUCGAGACUCGAAUUGGGCUACCGAAGGGAACGCUCGCAGCGCUCCACAAGGAAGGCGACAUCUCCGGCUCCGAGUCGCGUGUGAUCUUGAAGAGCGCGCCGGGUCAGAAGGGAUACGUGCCCGAAGGAGUUGGCGAAGAUGGCAACCCUGCUGCUGCGAUUGGAUGGAGUUUGCUAACGAUCGUUGUCGAACAGAGCUCACACGGACUUUGGCUCUCGAUGCUCCACGGGCGCGGAUGCGGAGGUCUCCAGGUUCUUCCGCCAGGGACGAGCAAGUGGCAGCACAUUCGCCCUCUCCCUGGUCACGCCGUCUGCAACGUCGGCGACACGCUUUCCGUCUACUCGGGCAACAUCUUCAAGUCCAACAUCCACCGCGUCGUCCCUCCUCCCCCGCCUCAAGACAAGGACGAGCGCUGGUCGCUCGUCUACUUCAUCCGCCCCGGCUUCGACAACCCGCUUCGCCCGCUCUCCGACAAGUCCGACAUCAUCAAGGCGCACGCUGAGAAGGACCCGGCUAUGCAGGCGAUGCCAAAGGACCAAACUGCCGGCAGCUGGUUCAAGCGCAGGAUUGUCAAUCAGCGUGCGGCGAACAGGAAGGGACCGGAGACUUGGGCUGCGUCGAGGGGAACGGAGCACACUCCGCAAGCUGCGUGA